CACCCCUUUGGCAUCUCUCGCCCUGUUGCGGAUGCUGCCGUUUGUCUGUUUUUCUUUUUGGUUACCCGGAUCCCUGGUCCUCGUCAUCUGAGUCACUGGCAACACGCCAGCAAGGCUUAGGAUUUUCAGUUGCCUGAUGCUAGGUCCCGAUUUGGCAUUCUGCCUGAUGCCGACCCAUUCUCACCAGGCUUCAACAUCCCAAUAAGCCUGAACUGCUGAUUCCUGCAAUUGUGACUCUUCAGCAUCGCUGUGCUCCUGCUAUAAAGACGCUUCCAAUUCCCUCUCCCUCUGUCCCCUUCUUCCUGUCAUACAAUCCAUCAGUCAGCACCCUCAAGCCACACACAAACCCAUCACAACACAAACAUCCCCCCAAACCCCCUUAGCGACAUUCUUGGAACUCGCCCCCACCUCCAUCCACUGUCACCACUUUUAGCAUCAUCGCCACAAGGUUCCCAAUUCCCAGAGUGCCAUCCUUCCAGACCUUCUUGAGAUCCAAAACAUCACAUCACCCGUGAACCUUACAUCCACGGUAUAAAUUUCAAGCCGUCUCCUCGCUGAGGUCUGCGUCCUACGCAUUGUCCCUCUAGGCUUCACCUGCCACUCCAAAAAAAAAGAACACAAAGUCUGUCGCAGACACACUCCAACUCUCAAGUCACCAAUUGUCAAGAUGUCUCCUCAAUACCACAGCUCAUCUGGCUCCAGCAGCGCCGGUGAGAGAAUCUACCACGAUUCACGAAGAGAACCACGCGAGCGCAAAGAACCUCGCAAGCCUGUCAAGCGGGAGGUAGUCGUCAUUCACCACAACACCGUCACCCGCGACGAGACCAGAUCCUCGGGCAUGAGCCAUAACAGAUGGAGGUGAAAGUCGAGCACGGCGCUACCUCAACCAGAAAAACGCUCGCAAUGCCUGUACGAAUCAUACUGAACAAUGGGAAUUUGAUACCAAGCGGAAGGAGUCAGGGAAAAAGGAUGCUUUGACUGAGCAUGAUUGGAGUUUAAUGGGUUCUUUUGGAGCAUUGAUGCAUGGUUAAUACUCUUGAGGAGUAUUCAGGAAGACUGUCACACAAGCAUUUUCCUUUGUUUAUCGGUCAAGGGUUGCCACUCAACGCAUCUUUUGUACUACUUUCGAGGUCCUGGCUACUUUCCCAGACCUCCUGUCUCUGAUUGUGGAUCAGAUGGGCAAAUGUCACAAAUAUUUCAGAUAGAGAUCCAAGGACGCGAGUCUUCUAUGUACGCGGCGGGGUGAAGAAGCGUUGUUGAUGAGGGCAUUCCAGCUUUACCAGGGUGUGUCUAUCUUUAUCGAUUGCCGUAUCAUAUCCAUCAGCCUAUCGAUAACAACGAUGAUUAUCAACCUCGUGUCAAUUUUCC